AACGGAAGUUUAAAAGCUAACGACGUCGUCAGAGGGUGAUAGGGUUUUCGCCGUAGACGGUGGUUUUAGUACUGUGAUUUCUAGGGUUUAGGCCGAAGAAGACGACGGAGGAGGAAGAUGAAGCCGGUAGUAGGAACAGUAGUGUCGAACAAGAUGCAGAAAUCAGUAGUGGUGGCUGUGGAUAGACUCUUCCACAACAAGGUUUACAAUCGAUAUGUCAAACGGACCUCCAAAUUCAUGGCUCAUGAUGAGAAGGAUGAAUGCAACAUCGGUGACCGCGUUAAGUUGGAUCAUUCAAGACCACUGAGCAAGCGUAAGCACUGGGUUGUAGCUGAAAUUUUGAAAAGAGCAAGAAUUUAUGUGCCUCCACCACGAACUACCACUGGGACGACCAACAAGGCUGAAGUGCCCCCUAAUGCUAGUUAGAGCUGAAAGAGAAACACUGUAUCCAGAACAAAUUGCCUAUUUACUGAACUUUUUGAUGUUUUUGUUCGUCUACUGAGAAACAAGUAAAUGUCAGCUGCUGUUUCGUCGUUGAUCAUCUAUAUUGAAGACCAUGCCAGUCGGAAACUGGUGUUUUCCAGGUUUAAAAUGGUCUGCAUUGGUCAAUAAACCCUAACAGCCAAAUUAGGAGUCAGUGAAGGCUUCUGAGAAAGUAGGAAUUCAUAAUAUUCAAGGCUGUAAAGCAACUAAAUGUUAUAUGUCCUGCAAUUGCCUUAUUGUCUUUUUCCAUAGUAUCUAAUCUCAACUUUGGCACAAAUUAUGGUUCUCUCGUGUUACUGUUAUUACUGGCUAUGGUCAUUUCAUCUUUUUAUUGUGAA